CGUUCGUGUUCGUUGGAGCCCCGACGGGCGAGCCCUGGUCGCGUACAAGUACAGUGAGGGUUGCAUCGAAGUCUACAAGGUUGAUAAAGUGGACAAUUGGUUCCAAAACCCGACCAAGGGCAGUACUUUCCCGCGGGCUCACAUGGAUGACAUUGUCGGCUUUGGAAUAGCACCCGAUGGAAAGUAUCUGAUGACCUGCUCGAACAAGACCGAUCUUACCGUUUGGGACGCAAGGGGAAACGUACUGGAGAAAAUCGACACUUUCCUGAUGAGUACCUAUAAUGCGAAGGUUUCUCCAUGUGGCAAAUUUAUCGGGGCUUGUGGCUUUACCAGCGAUGUUCCUCUGUGGGAAGUGAAGUUCAGCAGAUCCGGCGAGUUUCAAUCGGUUCAGAAGGCUUUUGACCUGUCUGGUCACAAAUCAGGGAUCUACGAUUUUGCCUUUGAUCAGGAUAGCUCGAAGACUGUUACUGUCUGCAAGGAUGGCACGUGGAAAAUUUACAGCACCAAUAUUGAAUAUCAGAAAGGAGAGAUGCCACGUUGUCUUUUGACUGGAACUUAUGAACCAACCAGUGCCGCCGCUCUCGUAGCAAUCACCCCUUCAGGAGAUGUUGUGGCCAUCGCUAACGGAAAGUCUGUCUAUUUAUAUAACGCCGCUACAGGAACUUUGGAGGGAUCCAUCGAAGACGUGUGCUCAGGUCAAAUCUCCGCUCUCCAGUUCGACUCGAUGGGAAAAUAUUUGCUGAUUUGUGCUGAUCGUUACGUUCGCAUCUUCCAUAACAUACCCGGAUACAAAGUGGCCUUAGAGUGUGCAGAGCAGAAGCUGAAGCAGCCGAAGAUGUCCGCUGCCAUGCGCGAGCGGCUCGAAAUGCAGAUCGCCGAAAAUGAAGCGUUUUUGAAGAAGUAUCAGUGAAUGAAGAAUGUGUGCUGAUUAGAAUCAAUUCUAGCGUUGGCGACUGAUCGACCUGGCACCUGGCACCGAUGUUUACUCGAAGGCUUCAAUGAAGAACGAUCACAGGCAAUUAAAUCUUCUAAUACUGGGAGCAUUUAUUUUAGGUUCAGUAAGAAGUAGCAUUAACUAUACAAACUACUGCCAUGAUUUUUGUAAGUCAAUAUUGAAGCUAAAUAAAUAGUUAAAUGUA